UUAAACUGUCGAUCGUACAGUAAGCUGUCAAAAGCUUGUUGCUUAAAUCUGUGCAGCCAGUUCUACAAAGUAAGGAAGAAAUGAGGUCGGGUACACAGACGAAAUAACACGCUAUACUUCUACGUACAGAGCAAGAAUUCAGUGGGUUGUUGAACGGACAUUUCGGGAGCACUUGACAUCUUGUUUUCGUUAGUUCAGUUGGACUGCCGUGUCGUCUGUUGUGGCUGGUGCGUGAUCCUCUGGGAAGCGGUUCAUCCGUGAUGAUGAGAUCACCAACAGAAAGUGCCUUUGAGAAGAUAUCCCCGACUUGAAGUUGGUCCGUGUACAUUGCCAGCUUCUGCUUUCUUUAAGGCCAGACUCAAGCACCAACACAGGAUACCUCCGCUGAAAGCCCUUUGCCAUCACUUUGCACAACAUCAGCACCUAAAAAAAUUCUAAAAUAAAGCCAUAAUAUAAGAGGACAGAGAAUAAUGACCUGAGAAUGUAUGACAAGUGACAAGUCUGCAUUAAAUUUCCCUCACUUGUCUGAUAUUUAUGGGCACCGUCAUUUGUGGAAUAUACAGUUGAACGUGUCACACAAAAAACACAUCUGCUUUUUGAUAGGUGAUUUCUCAGUGAUUGACCAGCCAACUGAUCUUUCUGCUCCAACUGAUGGAGGUCUCACCAGGUUGUUUUAAAAGAGGACUUUGUACAUAGAGCCAACCUACAGCUUUUGGUGUAUGAGGCACAAGACAAUAAGAUAGACUUUCAAAAAAUUUAAUUUAUGAUUACAACCUUUGGACAUGGCGUUGAACAUUUCUUCAGUACGAGACACAAAAUGGCUAACUCUGGAAGUCUGUCGACAGUUUCAGCGAGGAAACUGUUCACGUAGUGAUGAGGAAUGCAAAUUUGCUCAUCCACCGAAGAGCUGCCAAGUUGAAAAUGGGAGAGUUAUUGCCUGCUUUGACUCACUGAAGGGCCGAUGCUCAAGAGAAAACUGCAAGUAUCUUCAUCCACCUUCACACUUAAAAACCCAGUUAGAGAUAAAUGGGCGCAACAAUCUCAUCCAGCAGAAGACAGCAGCAGCCGUGCUUGCGCAACAGAUGCAGUUCAUGAUCCCAGGAACCAGCCUGCAGCCUGUGGGACUUGGCACAAAUACUGGUCUUGGUUAUGGUUCAUACAUGACACCUUUGACCCAUGGAAUGAGCCUCAUCCAAACAGACAACCUCCCCAGCACCCAGGUUCUUGUUCCUGGGAGCCCACCUAUCACGGUCCAGAGCUCCUCUUGUUCUUCUUCUUCUUCUUCUUCUUCUCCCUCACAGAAGCUGCAGCGUACAGACAAACUAGAGGUGUGCCGUGAGUUUCUGCGGGGAAACUGUGCAAGAGGGGAGACAGAUUGCCGCUUUGCUCACCCCAGUGACAGUCCAAUGAUUGACACCACUGAUAACACUGUCACUGUUUGCAUGGACUACAUCAAGAGCCGCUGCUCCAGGGAGAAGUGCAAGUAUUUUCACCCGCCUGCACACUUGCAGGCCAAAAUCAAAUCCGGUCAACAGCAAGUCAAUCACACAGCCGUGGCAGCCCAGGCAGCAGCUGCAGCCAUGACUCAGUCGACUGCCAAAGCAAUGAAGCGAUCCCUCGAGGCAACUGUAGACCUGGCCUUUCCCCACAGUAUCCUACAACCCCUACCAAAGAGACCAGCUUAUGAGAAGAGCAGCUGGGCCAACUCUCUCCUCAGCCCCAGUUUUCUGCACUACCAUCAGGCUCUGGCCAACACACAGCUGCAGCAGCCCACUGCAGCAUUUUAUCCCACAGGUUCUGUCUUGUGCAUGACUCCGGCUAACAGCAUUGUCCCCAUGAUGUACAGUGCAACGCCUGCUACUGUCUCUGCAGCAACUACUCCCGCCACAAGUGUCCCCUACGCAGCAACAGCACCAGCCAAUCAGAUCGACCUUUUGUUCUAUACUAUCAUCCUCAAGUAACCACCAGAAACAAACACCAGUGCUGUGUUGCUGCUGUUAAAGACCCCAAACAUCUGCUCUGUAAAUACCCUGUUAACACCACACACAACCUACAACAAGCUGCAUGCUGAUAACAUCACUGAUGAAAAAGUUGUAGACAUCACUUUGAUCCCUCAUAAUAAAUUACAUAGCUCACUUACUGGGAUUAUACUGUGUUAGAUAAGUGUCACAGAACAUUAUUGUAUGUACACGCCUUUGCACCUGCAUUAAUAUGCAUCCUCAGUAAUGUGCAUAAUAAUAUCCUGGUUUCUAUUUCCUAAACCAGUUCUGACAAGGUCAGAGGCGCAUUUAGCCUCUUAAUGAGCUGAAAUGCAAUGUGUCUCCAGUUCACAUAUAGCAGCCUCAUAAAUAAAAAUGAACUUUUCUGAACAAAUUCAACCAGGAAACACAUGGAAAUCAAACAAAAAUAGGCAGUGCAGAUACAUGUUUGUUUUUCACUGGCAAUUUUGAUUUGUGUAAAUAUUACAAGAGGAAAAGAUGAGCAUGACAAAUUUAAUUUGAAGUCAGUUUCCUGUAUUGGAGAUUGUUAAAAUUGUAUCAUCAUAAUAUUGAGCAACAAAUAUUUUUUUCUUUCUUGAAUGUGUUAUGUAAACUAAGAGAAAACAUUUUCACAUUAAUGAUUGUUUAUCUAGUGUCAGAUUUAAUUGUUUUAAACAAACUAGUAAAAUGCACUUAUUUUAACUUUAAACUCCACAUUGUAAAAAAAAAUAUGGAAGUUUCUUUUAAAAUGUUCUGAGGUUAGUCCAUCUGUAUUGUUUACCCUGUCAUCCCCACAGGAUCAGUGCUCCACCUCCUGGUGUGCCUUUGCAUUGCAUAUACAGUGUGUUUGUUGAGAGAAGAUACUGUAUAAUACAUUUUCUACAGAUACAUUUUUCUUCAAGGCAGUGAUGCAACUAUGAUUCGAACAUUUAAAUUUUCCCCUCUUUAUUAUUAAAAAAACUAUUUUGGAUUACUGGUCACAGUGAUGACUGACUUGUUGAUAUUUCUGUAAGUAGUUUUCACUUCUGGGGCCAGUUUCACAAAGAUGGACUUUGACUAUGGCUCAGAUCAAACUAAUAGUCACACUUAGAUAGAUGUAUAAAUUCAUCUGUGGCACAAAGCUGUCUAGUUCUUCACUAUCUUAAGUAGGACUAAUGGCUGACUAAGUAACCACAAUAAACCGCUCAGCAGAAAAUGAUUCAACAGUUACAACAUUUUUUCUGGGAAAAUUCAGGGAAGAGUUUAACAAAACAAAACAAAAAAAACUUCCAGUCAUAUAAAAUCUCAACGCAAUGCUGAGAUGUGGCAUAAUGUGGCAGACUCUGUUAGUCAGUACUCUGUCAGUACUUCUGCUAACAGUUUACUUUGGUCUCUAGAAACUCUUUCCCUUCUCAUUACUUGCUCCGCAAUAUUGUUAGAAAACCACAAAUUAUGAGCCAUGUUUUCCUCUUUUCGGUGCCACUGAUUGCUACCAAACAUCUUAGUUCGGAGUAAGCCUGGGGGUAGGGUGGCUAACUUUUUAGGCUUAAAAUAAGUCUGUCUUUAUUUUUGUGAAACUUGCAUUAGACUUAUGUAAGAGCAAAAUUAAGACCAGUCUAACACUACAAACCAGUCUAACAUGUCUUUGUAAAACCGGCCCCUGGUUCCACUUGAUGAUAUAGAAAAACAUGAGCCUCCACAGCCAUGGAAGUGAACUCAAUAAAAAGGUGUGGAAUUAUUACCGCUCAUAUUCAAACUAAAGUUCUUGUAAUCCUGUAAGGGUUGAGUAGUGUGUGAACUGUCAGUCUUAAUGUUACAGUCAGUUGUCAGUACUGUACUAUUUGAAUGUUACAAGUGCCUAAGGAAUUGUGCAGAUGACGAUAUCCAUGCAUAUUUAAAAGGCGUUGUGUGAAAAAUCACUCAAUUAAAUCUACUCUACUUAAGUCACAUGUAGAAAGAAAAGUUUUGGAAUGCUAUUUCAGUGCAUUAGUAUUUUGUGUGCGCCUGUUUAGAUUUAGCCUUACAAUUAAUUUUCACUGAUGCUCAAAUUUGUAUGUACGAUGUAUAAGAGUUGAUAUCCAGCUUAGUUUUAUUUUGUUUCACUUUUAAGAUGAUUAAGAAGUGUAUGACAGUGUUUCCUAAUUAGUUUUAUGCACAGUUAAAAUACGUUUAUGUAGUAAAGUAGAAUUUAAGGAGGUAGGCUUUUUGGUGAAGUUUAGUUGUGUAUGUUGAUACCCCAUUAUGCAAUUACCUGUCUUUGUUUAGAUCUUACAGCAGACAGAGUGGGUUUUGUGUCUGGUUAAGUGAAAAACAAAACUGAUGUUAAAAACAGUUUUCACUCAUAUGUGACAUGUAAUGUUCUCUUGAACAUAUUUCACUUAAGUUUUCCCUGUUUUGCAACAGUGUGUGCAAAUAUCAACCUUUCCUUUAUUGUUUCCAAUGUCUUUUCAAGUGACUGCUAUAAGUUUUUUUUUUUAUGACAACUUGUGUGUACACUUUUUUAGUGGUUAAGAAAUAUUGCAUUUGUUCACAUUAUUUUCAUUAUAUGUUUUACCCAUUAUUGAAUGGAAUAUAAGGAGUAUACUUGCAUAUUUUACUAGUUUAACAUUAGAAAAGAACACCUUUAAAAAUGUAUUCUCUUCUACUUUUAUGAUGAAUGUAAUUUAUUCAACUGACUUUAGCUCUGCAGGAGGCUCCUAAAAGGGCCUUGAUCUGUUGUAUUAGCCUAUGAAAAGCCGUCUUGUGUCCAGGGUUCGAAUGUUGGAGCAAAAAGAAGCUUAAAACAUUUCAUCCUUGUCACUGCCUUGGCACCUGUAAGGGACAAGAAGCCUUUGAUUGAGCAAGGCCAUAGAAUUACUUUUUAUGUACAAAAGUGCAUUGUACAGGCCACAUUUUAUGAAAAACGUUUUAAAAUAGUGUAAUAAUAGUUUGUCAUUUAAUUGUUUUGAUGUGUUGCUGAGGCAAUCUGAAGCUGCAGUGAUUUAAAAACUGUAUUUUUGUAGGUGAUGAAAUUGUUUCCCCUCCUCACAAUAACACAGAUUGUGCUGUCAGAUAUUUGACUUUAUUAUGCCAUGGUGAAACACUGUACGUGAUCCAGUGCAUAGGAAUAUAUUUUGAAAUGUGAAUUUUGUGUGUUAUACAGUUUCCACUGCAUGUUAACAUCCUGCAGCAAAAAUAUAAUCCACCCUCAGAGAAUCCAGCCUGUUGCAGACUCAAGUCCGAAGGUUGGGAGCUGAUGGUUCAGCGGCUGUUAAAACGUUAAUUUUUAUUUUCAAAAUAUGAUUGCUUUCAAAGUUUCGGUUGUUAUUAGAUAUGACACAUUUUCCCUUAUUUAUUUUCCUUGCAAAUAAAUGGCAUAUAACCGAAUGUUUGAUUCACCUUUUGGCAAAAAGCUUGAAUGUCAUGGAUACACCUGCACAUGGAUGUUGUUUGAGAUUUUGAUCACCAAGUCAAAAAGAUAUGGACAGUAAGAAUGUUUGGUCUGACUAACUGAUGGAAACAUUUCACUGAAGCACUUUCUUAAAAGUCAGAUGACUGAGAAGACGUGCUUUUUGUGAACUUUGCCUUAUCUUUGAUCUAUUCCUAAGUUUCUAUUUGUUCAGUAAUUAUAAAUUCCGUAUUGUCCAGUACAUUUCACUGAACUUUUCUGUGAAAUUAUUGUUGCAUGAGUUUUUAGUUUGAGGCCAAAAUGACACCAUAGUGAGAAAAUGCUUGAUGUUGAUAGGACUGGCUAGCUUGCGAAGUAUGCCGGUGCCAUUUGUUUCCAUCCUGGGCCUGAAUAUAAACUUUCCCUAAUUUCUUUGAAACUAUUUAAUUUGUGCAUAAUUAAAUAUUUCAUGUGGAUAGUUUUGUUCCUGUAAAUUCGAAUUUGUGUAAAAUCUAAUAUUGCAAAUAAAUGUCAAGUAAAUGCCA